AUGCCCUUCGGUCUGACCACCGCCCCUUUGGUGUUCACCAAGCUACUUCAGGUGGUUGUGGGCUAUUUACACAGUCGCGGAGUAGAUAUCCAUAUUUAUUUCGACGACUCCCUGAUGCUGCAUAUAGACCCAGUCUCUCUGCGUUGCAGCACCAGGUCGGUCUUGACAACUCUUCUACGCCUAGGUUUUAUCCCUUCACGGGAGAAAUCCGAGGUUCUUCCAUCCCAGGACUUCAUUUUCCUGGGAAACCGUUUCCUUACGGAUCGGGGCCUCGUUCUUCCUCCUCAGUCCAAGUUCCAGAAAGCCAAGGAGUUGGUUAUUCUGCUCAACAGUCUGGACUAUAUUCAGGUCAGGUGGUUUCUGAGGCUUCUCGGAUUCCUCAAUUCCCUUUCGGAUGUCGUACCCCUGGGUCGGCUCCAUAUUCGCCCUCUUCAGAUGUUUCUUCUUUCCAAAUGGAAACCUGCAUCCCUCGAGUGGGAUGCUCGGAUUCCAUUGGAAGCUUCCGUCAAGGCCUCGGCCAUGUGGUGGGCUUUGGAGGCCAAUGUUUUGAAGGGCGUCUCUCUUCAGAGAGCGUCCCCUACAGUAAUUUUGUAUACGGACGCAUCUAUGACGGGUUGGGGUGCCUACCUCAACGGUCAGUGUCGUUCAGGGGUCUGGCAGGGGGCUCAACUCCAGGAACACAUCAAUGCGCUGGAGAUGAGAGCAGUUCUGCUAGCCAUUCAGUCCCUACAGCCUCUGCUGCAGGAUCAGUCCAUUUGUCUGGCUACAGACAAUGCUACAGUGGUAGCUUAUUUGGAGAAUCAGGGGGGUACAAAGUCUCACAAGCUAUGUGCCCUCACUAUCAGGAUUCUUCUUCUUUGUCAGGAUAUGGGUCUGUCCCUCUCAGUGAGGCAUCUUCCAGGGCACCUGAAUGUUUUAGCAGACACGCUAUCCAGAUCAUGGAGUCCAGUUAUCACAGAAUGGACCCUGAACAGGUCUAUAUUCAGGGCCAUCUGCAUGGUUUGGGAGACUCCUCUUGUAGAUCUGUUUGCCACAGCUCUGAAUUUCCAGAUUCAGACGUUCGUGUCUCCAGUUCCGGAUCCUUUGGCUUGGGAAGUAGAUGCUCUAUCCCUGAGCUGGGAGGGUCUUCUGGCAUAUGCCUUCCCUCCAUUCAACCUCCUGGGCAGGGUACUUCACAAGGUCAGGAAUCACGAUUGCUCGGUUCUCCUGAUAGCACCUCUGUGGCCCAGACAGCCUUGGUUUCCGGCUCUUCUGGAUUUGCUGGUAGAUCUCCCCUUGGCCAUUCCGGCCAGGUGGAAUCUCCUCAGCCAGCCCAAAUCCAGACAGUUUCACCCCAAUCCGGAACACCUACACCUUCACGCGUGGAGGCUAUCUCGGUCUGUCUCUUGCAGGCAGGCUUUUCUGCAGAAGUUACCGAUGGCAUCACAAGAUCUAUUCGAUCUUCCUCAUCUGCCAUCUAUGAGUCCAGAUGGUCAGUCUUCUGCAGUUGGUGUAUCAGCAGGAAGAUUGAUCCACUCGGUGCCUCUAUUCAGUUAA